AUGGCGACGGCGGCGCGGGGGGCGCCCGCGCGGCGUCUGUACACCCCAGCGCCCGCGAACCCCCAGCCCCUCCCAACUGCCUCUUCGCACUUUUCUUUUUCUUUGGAAAGUCCGGAGUAUUUGUCUGGCUACGGGGGCCCCCUGGAGGGCCCUUACGCGGCGUCUUGGGGGCCCCCGGGGCCUCCGGGGGCCCCCGCGGAGCUGCAGCAGCAGCAGCAGCAGCAGCAGCAGCAGCAGCAGCAGCAGAAGGCCUGGGCCUUCGAGGGGGCCCCCAAGGGCUCUUUGCUGGGCCCCCGGCGCAGGGCCAUUUUCCGGUCUUCGGUGUUUGCUGCAGUGGCGCUGCUGCUGUGCCUGGGGGGCCUCAAGGCCGCGCAGCAGCAGCGGCAGCAGCAGCAGCAGCAGCAGCAGCAGCAGCGCGUCGCCGCCGCCGCUGCUGCUGCUGCUGCUGCUGCUGCGGGGGACGCAGACGCGCAGCGGUGGGCGGAGACGCUGGCAGCCAGCGCAGACGAACUGCAAGUGACUUGGAAAAGAGUUUCUCGAGAAGUUCGCGAAGUUUUUUCGGAGAACUUUUCUUCUUUAGCAGCUUUUUCAGAAGACUUUGGAGAGCGGGAGGCGCUGCUGCUGCUGCAGCAGCAAACGGAGGCCAUCUGGGGUUUGCUGCCGCGCGAGGGCGCCUCGGAGGCGCAAAAAACGGAGUUUUUGCUGCAGGCGAAGCUGCAGCAAACCGUUUGCUGCGCUGCAGCAGCAAGACUCCGCAGCCUCGCUCAACUUGCUGCUGCAGCAGCAGCAGGGGGGCCCCCCGUGGCGCUGCUGGGGGGCCCCCCGCCGCGCUUUGGGUUGGCUUUGCAGGGGCCCCGAACUGCGACUUUUCGCGAGUUCCUGCUGCUGCUGCCGCAGCCCGCAGCAGCAGCAGCAGCAGCAGCAGAAGCAGAAGCAGCAGCAGCAGCAGCAGCAGCGGGGGAGGAGGCGGUAGUGCCUGCGGAAGCUGCGGAGAGACUCGCGGGGCUGCUGCAGGCCGAAGAAAAGUACUUGGAAAAUGAAAAGUGGAUUUUGGAAAAGUUUAAUUCCAUCAAAAGUUUGUUGGAGUUGGGAUUUUGGGAAAGAAGUGCAGAAAUUGAGGAGUUUGUGGGGUUUUUGGAGCACCGAGAAGCCUCUUUGGAAAAAGAAAAGAUCUUUUUCGAAAGUUUUUUCCAAGUUUUGCCAAACUUGAAAAAAAACUGGAAAAGAAAUGAAGUGGAGAGGCUUUGCCAGCAGCUGUGGGCGCAGCAGCAGGGACGAGCUGCGGAUACACUCCGUCAAAAAGUGGAAACUGCCAAACUUUCUUUUUCCGAAAACUCCCCUUUUGCUUCUGCUCUUUUCCUUCUUUAG